CUCUUUUGUCUGCUUUUUCCCCUUCAGCUAUGACAGGGGAUCCACAUUCAACGUAUUUGUGGGCAAAGGUCAACUUAUUGCUGGGAUGGACAAAGCUCUGGUCGGCAUGUGCGUGAAUGAGCGGCGGUUUGUGAAAAUCCCCCCCAAGCUUGCCUACGGAAGUGAAGGCGUCCCUGGUGUGAUACCCCCCAAUGCUGUGCUCCAUUUCGAUGUGCUCCUGAUAGAUCUUUGGAACUCAGAGGACGAAGUGCAGGUUCAGACUUAUUUCAAACCUGAGAAGUGUCCUCGGACAGUCCAGGUGUCUGACUUUGUACGGUACCAUUACAAUGGAACAUUCUUAGAUGGAACCCUAUUUGAUUCAAGCCAUAAUCGGAUGCGGACUUAUGAUACCUAUGUGGGAAUUGGAUGGCUCAUUCCUGGCAUGGACCAGGGGCUCUUGGGAAUGUGCGUAGGAGAAAAGCGCAUUAUCACAAUACCACCUUUCCUUGCAUAUGGAGAAGAAGGAGAUGGUAAGGAGAUUCCUGGCCAAGCUUCCCUCGUCUUUGAUGUGGUUUUGCUAGAUCUCCAUAACCCCAAAGAUGGUAUCGUUAUUGAGAACCAGGUUGUGCCUGAAUCUUGUGAGCGGAGAAGCCAGACAGGAGACUUUCUCCGAUACCAUUACAAUGGCACACUUUUGGAUGGCACGUUAUUUGAUUCCAGUUAUUCACGAAACCAUACGUAUGACACCUAUGUCGGGAAAGGUUACGUCAUUGCUGGAAUGGAUGAAGGUUUGCUAGGUGUGUGCACUGGUGAAAAAAGAAGAAUAAUAAUCCCCCCUCAUCUUGGAUAUGGAGAAGAAGGAAGAGGAAAGAUUCCAGGAUCUGCAGUGCUGGUCUUUGACAUCCACGUGGUUGACUUCCACAACCCUUCAGAUUCUGUGGGCAUUACUGUUAACUACAGACCUUCCAACUGCACUGUACUAAGUAAGAAGGGAGAUUACUUGAAAUAUCACUACAAUGCUUCGCUCCUGGAUGGUACUUUGCUAGACUCGACACACAGCCUUGGCAAGACUUACAACAUAGUUCUUGGGUCUGGACAGGUAGUAGUGGGGAUGGACAUGGGCCUUCAAGACAUGUGUGUCGGGGAACGACGAACAGUUGUUAUUCCACCUCAUCUUGGUUAUGGAGAAGAUGGAGUUGAAGGAGAAGUGCCUGGUAGUGCUGUAUUAGUUUUCGACAUUGAACUGCUGGAACUGGUGUCUGGCUUGCCUGAAGGGUACAUGUUUGUAUGGAAUGGGGAAGUCUCUCCCAAUCUUUUUGAAGAAAUAGACCAGAAUCAUGAUGGAGAGGUUCUUUUGGAGGAGUUUUCAGAGUACAUCCAAGCUCAAGUUGAUUCUGGCAAAGGAAAACUAGCUCCUGGUUUUGAUUUUGAGAAGAUUGUUAAAAAUAUGUUCACCAAUCAAGACCGGGAUGGAAAUGGUAAAGUUACUGCUGAAGAAUUCAAGUUGAAAGAUCAGGAGGCCAAAGAGGAACACGAUGAACUGUAAAGAUAAGAAAAAAAGAAGAGUCCUGAGCUGACCUACUGUUUGAACAUGUGUACUGGAAGGGGUUUUGGCAAGCAUGGUUCUGGAAGGAUAGCCUGGGUCUGCCUGUGCUGAGGUGUGGGUAGGCUCUUAAAAUAGGAAGAGAUUUUCAGUUGGAACUGUUAGGUAUAUCUGAAGAAAGUGUUAAGUGCCUCAAGG